GGCCCUGCCCCCUAGCACGGGUUGCGAUUUCAAAGGGCAGGCUGUGGCUUCUUUCCAGGGCAAGUUCUAAACAUGCUUGGAAGCACGGCCAUUCCUUGCUGCUCCACCUGUUGAAAACAGAUGCUGGGCUGGCCUCCGAGAGUAAGUAGGCAAGGCAGCAGCAAGCAGCACGCUCACCGGGUUUCGCCGAGAGGAGAGGACGCCGCCAGGCUCCGAGGAGAAGCGGGUCUUGUUGCUGUCUGUGUGGCUGGCUGGCUUUGCUCGAAACCGACAAGCAGCAUCUGACGCAUCAGUCCAAGGCGAAGACAGUGGGGAGACUUUCUCCGGACCGCGCCGCCAGCAGCAGCAUCUGCUCCACCAUCCGCCACAGCCACAGCGACGACAGCGGCAGCCACAGCAUGGAUGGUGAGGUGGAGACGUCUCCUCCUUCCCCCAAGUCCUCCGAAGAAUCCGGCUCUGCUCUGACCAUGAUGACCAAAGGGCUUUCCAUCUUCCUGGAUAUACUGAGAAGAGCAGACAAAAAUGAUGAUGGCAAACUGUCCUUCGACGAAUUCAAAGCUUACUUUGCUGACGGAAUCCUCAGCAGAAAAGAGCUGCAUGAGCUGUUUCACACUAUUGACACACACAACACAGGGAACCUUGACACAGAAGAACUGUUUGACUAUUUUUCCCAACACCUGGGAGAGUAUGAAAAUGUGCUGUCUGCUUUGGAGGACCUCAAUAUAUCCAUCCUGAAGGCAAUGGACACAACAAAGAAAAAUUAUCAGGAAGCGUCUAAGUUGGAACAGUUUGUGACUCGUUUUUUGCUGAAAGAAACACUGAAUCAGCUACAAUCUCUCCACAACUCCCUCGAGUGUGCCUUGGAAACAACAGAGGAACAAACCCGUCAAGAAAAACAAGAAUUAACAAAGCCAGAAGUGCUCACUAUUCAGAAGCCAGGAAGACGUUCAAGUCGAAGGUUCCAGAGAAAUAACAGUUUUUCUCCAGUCAGCCCUCUUUUUAACCCAGGUUGGCUGGAAGAAGACAACCAGUGGAUGACGCAAAUAAAUAGGCUCCAGAAGCUGAUUGACAGGCUGGAACAAAAGGAACUAAAGCUUGAGCCACUAGAAGAAGUAGUAUCAGAAGGAAACACAAAAUCUCACAUGAUGAUAGUUCAGCGGCAGAUGUCAGUGAUAGCCGAAGAACUAGAGCAGUUCCGAUUUGCUCUGAAGCAAUAUGUGGACACUGCCUCUUCCCAAGAUGGAUGUCUGCAUGUUUCAAUUCAGAAGCUUUCAAAUGAAUCCCGCUUCAUUGUUUAUGAAUUCUGGGAGAACAAUGCCUGGAACAGCCAGCUCCAGAUGAAUUACAGCAAGACAUUUCAAAGAAGUAACGUGGACUGCCUCGAAACUCCAGAACACAUUACAACCAUGCUAGUACCUGCUUCCUGGUGGGUCCUGAACAACAACUAGAAGCUUUGUUAUAGUUUCCAAAUAACUGCACUCUACAUCACUGUAAAAUAGCAUUCAUGCAACCAUCAUUACCCUCUAGGCAAUCAUUCUUUCAUGGAUGCCAUCCUUCAUUUAAAAACAUGGCAAGUUGUUUAUUCCCAUUGCUGCUAAUUUAGGGAAUGAUGUAGUGGUGUAAACUAGUCUUGAUUUGUUUUAUUUGGCUGUGUUGUAUUGUGCUUCUGUUGUACAUUUUUGUAAGGUGUCUUAAGGGUUCAUUUUGGAAUGCAAGCCAGGACAUCAUGUUUAUAAACAUCUUCUAGAUUCACAUUGGACAUUGCUUAAUAACUUGAUGUGCAUAAUAAUCUUGAUGCACAGUGAAGUCAAUACAACAUUAUGUUUUAAUAUGUAUAUAGAACUUAUGCAAGAAAUUGAGAUGAGAUCAGUUUUUUCAUUGUAAUACUAAUAGUCAAUAUGUAAUAUCAGAGUAUUUUUCUUCUGUUCUAUUAUGUGAACUGAGUUCAUCAUUUACUACUGAUGGGAGAGGAAAUGUGUGGCACAGCACUUCAAGAAAAGUAUUACCCAGAGCAUUUAUGGAACAGAAUAUAAGUGCACAAGGUUCAGCAUCUGACACAGAAAUACACAGGACAAGUGUGUACAUUGUUUGCUGCCUUUUGCAGGGGAAGGGGGAUCAGAAAUAAGAUGCUAAGGCUAUUUAUUAGCCUUGGGUGGCCAAGAUUCAAGAGAACAAAUUCACUUCUUUGAAGCCUGAAGAGGCCAGGUGAAAGUAACCCGAAAGAGAAGAAGAUAACUUGGUCAUAUACAAGGUUGUGGGUUUUGGGGGGCGGGGGGGGAGAUUGUAUUCUUGAGUUAUCUUCUGUAGCCUGAAGUAUUCUAAAUGCAGAUGAUGUUUUACAAUUCUUGUAAGUUUUCAUCUAUUUCAAAGCUAUAUGAGAACUAGAAAUUUUUUCUUUAAAAAAUGCAGAAUCACCCCACAAAGCUGUGUGUUGCAUAUAUUGCUUUACAAAAGGACAAAGAACUCCGACUGUAUAAAUGUUCUCUAAAUUAGCUGUACUUUAAGUAGCACUGCUCCUUCAGCACACUGCUUGGCUAAUACAAGACAAACAUGCUUUUCUACUCUCCAUGCCAGUGUUAACCCAGUUUUCCAAUAAUUGAUGCUGGAAGGGAAGAGCUCAAGUACAGACAGCUUCCAACUACUCUCAACAGCAUGGGAGGGAACAGUAUUACUGUGCCUCCUGCACCAUUUACUUAUGGCAAGAACUCAGCUUUGGUGACUUCAGCUAGAUUUUGGUAUCUACCAAUGAUAUUCCUCUAUCUUACAGCAGCACAUAUAAAAUAUAUUUGACAAAGAUUUUCAGUAGACCUCUCUGCUCUUUUAGACUGUAUAAAAUUAAGCUUCAGUUCUUGCACGACACACACUUCAGAACUCAUAUGCCUGUCAUAGUGAGAGAAAGUACUAGCACUCUGUCCAAAUACAAAACUAGGUUAAUGUUUAAGAAAACAGUUUUGAAUAUUCUGCAAAGUUUUGUUUCAUUAAUCUCAUAUACUAGUAGUACAUGCAAUUCUUUACUAUAAUUCAUUACAAAUACUGUGAAUUGAUCCUCUAUAUGUUAAUAAUGUACCAUCCACAUGUCAAUUGCACAAGGUUUGAUAAUAAAUCACACAAGGUUAACA